AUGGCGGGUGAGUGGAAGAAAUGGGGAUUUGGGGCUGAAACCCAGAAGGAGGAAAAGGCCGCGCUUGGGAAGUCUAGGUGCCUGAGGCAUGAUUUCCACAACGGGUUUAGCGCCUCGGCCUCAACUUUUACUCUUUACUCUCGUUUCCGCCGUCGUGCUUCUCUUGCCUGCUUGUCGUCCACCAUGUCAUCCCCGUCGUCUCUGGUGGGCUCGCUCCCCAUCCGCCUGCGCAACUUCCUCGCUCGCUACCCUCCGCAAAUAUACUCCGCGGCUGUCGCACCGCGUCCAACUCCCCCAGAGACCGACGCCCCGGCCGAGACAACCCUUCCGUCACCGUACACGCCAAAUCGUGAUGCAAAGGGCACCCACAAGCCAGACCCCACUGCCUACUCUCCCUCCAUGGCUCUCCUAUACAACAAUUCAGAGGCACCCAAUCCCUUCCUGCCACGGAAGGACAACCGGACGGGGAAAUGGAUCCCACCGCGAUUUGGUCUGCGACAACAAGCAGACCUGGUGAAAUUGGCCGCCAAGUACAAGGUGGAGGAAUUGUUACCCCCUGGACGCAAGUCAACUGAGUUCAAGGCAACCCGGCUUGCGGAGCGUGGCUUGCGCAUCAAGGGUACGGGUAUUGGACAAAAGGUCAAGGGACACAAGUGGGAGCGGACAAUGGAGUCGAGAUUGGAGGAGCGCCGGAAGGCAAUGACAGAGAUGCCGGAGAUGAUUCGGUUGUGGAGGCAGAGAGGACAUGGCCGUGGCUGGAAGCAGUGGCCCAAGCGGUAA